CACGUCUCCCCUUCUCGCAUUCCUCGUUCAGCCUUUCGGACGCACUGGGAAGCAGAGGUUUCGAACGCGCUCUUGCACUCGAGGAAAAUUCUGUGCACCGAAUUCUGAAAUUCCGAUUCUGGAACGGAUAUUUGUUACGCAGUUUUUAUAUAUAUCAACUGAGAAAUUGAAUUACUUUUUUGUUUUGUUUUACAUAUACAUAUAUUCCUUCUGUAGUUAAGUAAUUCUAGAACUCAGUCUCAGUUAAAUGUGAGCGAGAGCUGUGCGAAAUGACCAAAAAACAGCGAAAAGAUUUGCUUGUGAUUUUGGCUUAAGAUUCUGUGAAGAAAAUUGACUUUCGAGAUUUGCGAGGAACUUCAUCUCUCGAAAAGGCCAGAUGGAUCCCGGGAAAAUCUUCCAAAUUAUAACCAACAGCACUUUGCUUGCGACCCGGCUACUGAGCGGGUCUGGCGUGGCGGCGCUCGGAUUUACGGAACCUCGCUACUGUGCCGUCCUCAGCGAAGACGCGCCCCUCGCCGCCGCCGUCACCACCGUCAGCGCCAUCCACAAGCAAGAUGAGGUCGUGAGGUACAGCAUCACGGGAGGCAACAGAGACGGCCUCUUCACCAUCGACCAGAACACAGGAGUCAUCACUCUGGCCGCAGGGCUCGAUUAUGAAAUGCAUGAUAAGCACGAGUUGGUCGUGGCGGGCGAGGCGGGGGGCCUCGUCGUACACACCAUCGUACAGGUGCGGGUCGUCGACGUGAACGACAACGCGCCGUUCUUCGUGACCCCUGACCCCGAGGUCACGCUCGUCGAGGAAGACGACCACGACCUCCCACAGACGCUCAUCAAGGUGGAGGCGACGGACCGGGACGCGAUGGACCACCAGGGGCUGCUCUACACAGUGCGGGGGGACGGGGUGGACGGCUACCCCCCCGCCCAGGCCUUCUUCGCCAUCAACUCGAAGACGGGGGAACUGCAUCUGCUGCGGGCGCUGGACCGGGACCCCCCCUUCGGCCGGAGUGUGUGGAGGGUGCGAGUUCAGGUGCGCGACGGACAAGCCCUAUGGAGUCGCCAAGGGGACGGCGAGUACCAGGAGUCCUUCAUCAGGCAACCUCGCUCGCCAGAGGAUGCGGCAACGGCGACUUCGGAAGAAAAGGCUGGGAGUGGUUUGCCCGUUAGUGGUUUUGGCAAUCAGUCUUUCGUCAGCAUCAGUUCUCUUAACUCUACGAAUCGCAAACAUGGGUAUUAUUUUUACGAGCACUUCAGUCACAUCAACGACCGUCAGAACGCCAGAUACUCUUCCUUAUCCACGCAGUAUCUGAACACUGGACAAAAUCUCAACAAAAUGCAAGCGGCUAAGACCAAAAGUGGGAUUGAAAGUGAUAUUUCAAGACAGACGAAGGCGGGGAAGAGAGGCUUCCGCUCAACCUCCGCGCUCCGCAUUCGAGACAUUCCCCCUCCUCGCACCUCCUCCUCGUCCGCCGUCGGUGUCGCGAGGACAGACGAGCGGACAGAUUGCAGCAUUUGCAUCGCGAACUCGUCGCCGGCAUCGUCCAAGAGGGGAGACCUCAGUCGUACCUCGACGCAUCCUGAGAAAGGCGGCUUUUCGGAGUCACCGAAGGAGAGCAACGGCCGCGUCCUGCAGGGUGAGCGCUCUCCAGAGGACACGACGGGAAGUGAAACAGUCCGAACGCCAUCUCCGUCACCUCGAGCCGCAGUGACAGAGACGUAUCGCGCGGGCGGCGGUGUCGCACGCAGGCUGAGAGUGCGGCCAUUAUUCACAAGUCAGAGGGAGAUAAAGGAUAAACCCAUUGGAGCAGAAAAGAGAAGGAAUGGCGAUAUUUACGGCGUUUCUAACCCUGAUGAAAUUCCCCCGCCGCGACUGUGGAUCAAUGAGCAAAGUCGCUCCAAUUAUUUUUCAACUUUUUACCACAAGAGGACGACGGCGGCAAGACAGAGGCCCCGCGAGAGGUCACGCCUCCACGACGCAACUGACACGGAAAAACACGAACGCCCUCCGAGAUCUGAGCCGCGGGACGCCGUCCGAGGCGCACCCGACGCCCCCCUCGCCUCCUUCCCUCGAAGUCCCCAUCAUUCCUCCGCUCUCAGACGAACCAGGGAAGCCGAGCUCGAAGACGACGACAAACUCUUCGGCUUUUCCGAGGGCGACGCUAACGACGCCGACGAAAGCAAGUGCGAAGACGUUAGCUCCUUCGCCCAGGACCAGAAAGAGGAAGGGCAGGAGUGGCUUCUGAAACCUGCGGAGCGCGUGGUGCACGUGGUGGAGACGGUGGUGACGGUGCUUCUGAAGGACAUCAACGACAACCCGCCGGUCUUCCCCAACGCCACCAUGUACGGCGAAGUCCAGGAGAACGGCCCCAUCAACCUCUCCGUCUGCGUCGUCUCCGCCUGGGAUGCAGACGACGACAGCGAGGGAGUGAACGCGAGAAUCAGCUACUCGAUCGAAGAGAACGCCUUCCACGAAACCACAGGAGAACCCAUCUUUUCCCUCGAGCCCCAGUCCGGUCUGGUGAGCACGGCGGUCUGCUGUCUGGACCGCGAGACCACGCCCGAGUACUUCCUCCGUGUGCUGGCCACCGACGGAGGGGGUCUCCAGGGGACGGGCACGGUUGUGGUGCGGCUGACGGAUGUGAACGACAACGCCCCCCGCCUGACGCAGCGCCUGUGGCAAGUGGAUGUGAACGAGACGUGGGGCGCCGGCCCCCCCGACGGCUCCUCGCUCCUGGAGAUCACGGCCGCCGAUCUAGAUACGGCCAACUAUUUCUUUUAUCGCGUGGUGGAGCGGAGCGGGUGGGGGUGGGAGCACUUCGGCGUGAGGGCGGAGGGCGCUGUGGGCCAUCUCUACGCCCGCCAGACACUCGACUACGAGGACGAGAACCAUAGGAGGGGAUUCAAGUUCAUGGUCCAAGUCACGGACAGGGGACGCGGGGGCUGGGAGGACACGCGGCACACGGACACGGCCUGGGUCUCCGUCAAGCUCCGAGAUCUCAACGACAACCCGCCCACGUUCUCUCGCUCGCACGCCCACGUCACGGUGCAGGAGGACGCCGCCCCCGGCACUGUCCUGGCCGUCCUCACCGCCCAGGAUCCGGAUAUGGACGGCCAGGAGGGCGUCGAGUACCGCGUGGAGAGUGCGUGGGAGUCCCUCAACGUGAAUGCCGACGGCGAGGUGAGGCUGUGGCGCCGCCUAGACCGAGAAGCUCCUGGCGGGGCCGAGGGCGUUGCCAGAAUCAUCGGCGUCGACAAUGGGCGGCCGCCCUUGUCUGCCACCGCCACGCUCACCAUCACCGUGACGGAUGUCAACGACUGCCCCCCGCGCCUCCUGCCGCCCACGGUCGUGCACGUGACAGAGAGCAGCCCGCCCACGCGCCUGGCCACCCUCACUGCCACCGACCUGGACGUGUGGGCGAUGGGCCACGGACCGCCCUUCAACAUCUCCCUGGCUCCAAGCAACCCCGCCCACAUCAAGGCGCUCAUCAAGGUCAAAUUCAGGCAGAAUCUCGAUAGUGGGCGUGGUGGGGCAGAGGUGUGGACGACCGGCUCCGUUGACAGGGAAGAACACAGACGACUUGAUGUGCAGGUGUGGCUGUCAGACGCAGGUGGGAUGUCAGCAACAGAAGUCCUGACCGUUAUUGUCGAUGACAUCAACGACAACCUGAUGAGACCUGCUUCCAAAAAUGUCUACCUGUGUAAGCCUCGUGGCGGGGGAUCGGAUGCUCCCUUAGGACGCGUUUAUGUGGAUGAUCCUGAUGACUGGGACGUCAGGGACAAAGUGUUCGAGUGGGUCGGCGCCCCCCACCCCCUAUUCACUCUCAAUCGGAACACUGGAGACAUCUUCGCGUCGAGCCAAGUUAGGGAGGGGAGGCACCAGCUGCAGUUCACCGUCAGCGACCGGCUCUGGGGACAGCGUGGAGUGUCGGCGAAUGUUACUGUAACUGUGAAACUGUUAACGGACGAUUCCCUGACACACGCCACGCCACUGACUAUCUCGCCCAUAAGCCCUGCGGUGUUGACUAAAGGAUGGACGCCCAUGCGCGGAGGGGGCGUGCUGGGUCGCCUGGUGGAGGGGAUCCUUCGCGCCGUGGGUAAAGACGCCCACGUGGUCGAGGUGGUGAGCGUGCACGACGCCCGCCGCCCUCCGUUCCCGCUCGACGCCCCACCCAACGCCACGUCGACCUUCUUCCAGACGCCUCCGCCCUCGUUCGUGUCCCCCGCGACGUCCUCCUCCGACGCCUCCGCCCGGUCUGCGUGCGUGUGGGUGAGCGUCAGGGAGGCAAUGGGGGGCUUCAUCAACCCCGUGAAGCUCCAGGGACUUCUGCAGCUUCAUUCCGCCGAGGUUUCCAAAGCGGUCAAUUUGACGGUGACGGCGAAGGACUCGGAGAAGUUGGCGUCCUUCCCUAAGCAGCUGGAGGACACGAGGGUGCCUCUCGACCGUCACCCAGGCUCACAGGACACCCAGGAACCCUCCUCAGCCGCUUCGUUGUCCUCGUCACCCGUCCCGCUGCAGGUGGUGGACAUCAACGCCACGUCCUUGGUGACCCCGCGCCUCGCCCACGCCCAUCGCUGCCACGCCCUCGAGUACGACACUUGCACGCCCGCGACCUGUCUCAAUGGAGGUCGUUGCGUCGGAGCCCAUGGGGAAAGCAGGUGCGUGUGCCCCGGAGGUUCCGACGGCCCCCAGUGCAAGGUCCUCUCCCGCUCCUUCUCGGGGGCAGGCUGGGUGUGGGUCAAGGCCCUCCCCCCGUGUCUCCCCACCACCAUAUCCUUCCGCCUCCUCACCCAGCGCCCCCACGCCCUCGUCCUGUACUCCGGCCCCCUCGCGCCCACCUUCCCCCGUCGCGAGAGGAGGACGCCCACGCCGCUAUUGGCCGUACAGGUGCGGGAUGGGCGGCCUCAGGUGCUGCUCUACGGCGGGGGCGGUCAACUCAAGCUGUCUGUGAAUGCCACGGUGCACGACGGGCAGUGGCACACCAUCUACGUGCGGAUUCACUCCAAGGGCGUGGUCGUGUCCGUGGACCUCUGCGGCCGCGACGACGGGUCCCCCUGCGUGGCGAAAGCGACGUGGGGCGUCCCCGCCGAGACGCAGCCCUGGUUCGGCUCCAGCCCCCUGCAGGUGGGCGGCCUGGCUCAUUCGCGCCCGCGCCCCGAGGAUCACGGAUGGGACGAGGCGCCGACGAUUCGCCCGCUGGACGGCUGCAUCUCGCACCUGCGGGUCAAUAGUCAGCUCGUGGACCUGGGCGAGCCGCCCUACGCCAAAGGCAGUGUGGCCGGGUGUCGGGCGCAGGAGGCGGCGUGCGAGGGCGGCAGGGGCGCGUGCGGCUUCCGCGGACGGUGCGUCGGCGGCCACGCGGAGCCUGAGUGCGAGUGCGACCCUGGGUGGACGGGCCCCAGGUGCGCCACGCCCACGGUGCCGGCUCUCUUCGGUUCGUCCUCCUACGUGAAGAUGGCGCUGACGGUGGCCGUGCCGACGCACGAGGUGCGAGUGCAGCUGCGCGUGAGGACGCGCGACCUGAGAGACGGCCCGCUGCUCCAGCUCGCCUCGCGGCACCACCUGGCGACCCUCUCCCUCCACCUGCGGGCCGGCAUGGCGUGCGCGUCCCUGGGCGGAGGCAGCCGCUUGCCGCAGUCGGUGUGCGUUGAGGGGCGCCCCAUCGACGACGGCGCGUGGCACACCGUGCGGGCAGAGCGCCACGGACAUAACCUGCUGGUGAGCGUAGACGACGGCGACGGCUGGAGGAGGAACGAGUCGCUGGUGACCCUGGAGGAGGGGGCCGUGGGGCGCGGCUGGGACCCUCCCGUCGCGUCCCCCUCGACGGACCGCGAGGACAUCACGGUGGGCGCCGCAGCAGAGGCGGCGGACGGCGGCGUCGAUUCCUCUGACUCGGAAAAACACACCUGCAUUGACGACGUGAGAGUGGCUGGCCGCCCACUCCCGCUGCCUCCGGCAGUAAACGUGACAUCGUGGGCGAGAGUGACAGCCGUGCACCAGCUGGAGGUCGGGUGCCCAGCUGCCGCCGAUGCCUGUACCAACACCACCAGCUGCCCGACACCCCUCUCCUGCUUCUCCAGCUGGGGGCGGGCCUCUUGCAGCUGCGGCCCGGGCCGUCAGCUGGUGGGCCGCACGUGCCAGGACGUGGACGAGUGCGCGUGGCGGCCCUGCUUGCACGGAGGCUCCUGCCAGAACCUGCGGCCCGGCUUCCUGUGCGUGUGCGGCCCGGGCCACGCGGGCGACUACUGCCAGUGGGCCAAGGUGGAUUCCGCAGCCUACCCUCUCACGGGCCCGCUGGCCAUCGUGGCCCUAACUCUGUCUGUGAUCUUUGUGGUGGUGGUGGGCGUCGUGUUCUCCGUGAAGCUCCACCGCCACUGGCACAGCGGCGGCGUGAGGGCGGGCAGCGGUAGCGGCGGCGGCGGAGGCGGUGGGGGCGGCGGGGUGUGUAGCGGCGAAGGAGGAGGGACAGAAAAAGGCGCUGACGAAGGAGGGACGUUCCUGAAGGAGAAGGGAGACCCAGAGGACGCCAGGGGGAAGAAUCGACACAGCUUUCUGGGACGUCUGAGCCACAUGGUGCCCGCGCUGAGGACGCCCAAGGGAGGUCCGACGCCCCUCCCGACGAAGGGAGACACCAUAAUCCCCGAGAAACUCGCCCGCACGAGCCUCCCGGAGCCCGAGGAAUCGCCCGACCCAGCGCCCGCGGCUCAGCCAUCCGGGACUUCGCUGCCUCCAGGAUCCGACCCCCUUCUGGCGUCUCUUCCGCCGGACUCGAUCCUCUGCAAGGACGAUCUGCGCGCCUAUGCCUACGAGGGGGAUGGAUCGUCCUCGGUCUCCGCGCUCUCGGUCAUAUCAGGCCUGCGGGCGGAGCAGACGGAGGAGGGCGGCAUCAGGCCCCUGGUGCCGGGCUUCCUCGACGUCCUGGACCUCUUGCGGCACCUCCCCGACGGCCCGAGGUCCCCCCCACUCCACGGUGCCAGAACCAAGUGCCAAGGUAGCCCAUCGGCCGGUGCCAGUGCCAGCGCGUCACCCGUUCGCUCUGCGGGCCUCCCCCCUACUCCGGCCUCUGCGCCUUCCUCUGCCGGAGUCGCUGACGAAGGGGAAUCGUCUCCCAAGCCCUACGGUGUUGCGUCUUCCUCGCCCCGACCCUCCGCUGCUGCUGCCCCGCCUGCCACCCCGGCCCCCUGCGCUGCCCCCCCAAGCGGCCCCUCCACCUUCCCCAGAUGCCCCCCCAGCCUCGCCGCCUGCCCCGCCGUCAAGCCCAGCACCUCCACGCCCUCCCUCGCCGCCCCCUGCCCUCCCGGGCCCACCCCCCACAGCGCCUCCCUGAGCGCCCUCGCCGCCGGCAGAGCGCCCUCGGGAGCGCCGGCGGAGGAGCAGUUCACGAUAUGCUGACGCGCCAAGACCCUUUCUAAAGACCCUCAGCUUGGACAAAGAGAAAAAUAAUGAUAAAAAGAAUAAUUUCAUAUUCUCUUAAAUAUUUUCUGUAUUUCGAUUUCUAUGAAUAAGUGUAAAGAAAAGAUAUAUUCCUAGUAUUUUAUGAAGAAUAUCUGUGAGAUGGAUCAGUGUGAUGUUAGAUGUGAUCGUGUGUGGAAAUGUGACUUGUACAAACUUAAAAAGAUAAAACAUAACAACUAAAAAGGGGGAAAAUCUACUCUAAAUCUGACUAGCCUUCUCCGCGUAGGAAAAAACACCACGAAACCCAUUUAAAAGAAGCGUGAUUAGAAUCGGUUAUAUCUUCACUAUCUCGAGACUUUUUCCUCAUGAAUUUUCUUUAUAUAUAUAUACCUCAUGUAAUCUACUCUGCAUCUAAGUAUACACCGCGGUAUGUUCGAGCCCUGUUGUGUGGCUUCGGGAAAUGACUGUGGUCGUAGUUGGUCUAAAUUAAUGUAGAAGAAAUACAAAGGCUGUGUCGGUUUCCUUGAAGAUGUCUGGUCACUACUUGGGUGGAUAUUUCUUACGUUUUGUAACAUGCAUAAAGUAAUGAAGUGUU